ACCAGUACUCGUGGGGACUCGGAUUCUCUGCUCUGCAACAGUAGGUGCUACAUGUAGGAGACCAUGUACAGGGGAAAAUAGGCGCUAGAUCCUGGACUAGUUGCACUGAGGGUAGUUGUGGCAGUGAAGCUCUGUUUGGGCCAAUCGUUGCUUCCCGACCGAGACAGAUUGGACAGGUGUUUAGGGAGAGCGAGAAGACGGUGGCGCGAGUGUUGGUGGCGUGCUUUUGCGUGCGUGAGCGGUGUUUUGGUGGUGGUCUGGUGGUUCUGUUCUUCGCUUCACCUCGCUUGCUUUCGCCGCUUGGGGCAAGGUGCACUGCGUCUGACAAAACUGCAUCGGUAGGCAAAAAAAAAGGCGGUGAUUGCAGUAGUGCGAAAGUGAUUCUCAACUCGGUUCUCCUGUCAAAACUUGACUCGAUUAGUCGUUGCGAGCGCGGCUUUCGAUCCAGCGGAAAAGGGCAGCUGGCGCGAAAACUGUUCGUGUGUUGCCGCGCUUUUUGGUGAUUGGCUGAGCCAGCUUUCAAUUGCGCACAGAAGGCCGGGGUUAGGGUUUGUCCUCGUUUCUUCUCCGCUUUCCUCUCUCUCACUCUUUCUCUUAUUCUCGCGUUCCCCGGCAGCGGAGAUUUCCACGAUGUCUCGUAAGCGCACCCUGCUCAAGGUGAUCAUCUUAGGUGACAGCGGAGUGGGCAAGACAUCUUUGAUGAAUCAAUAUGUCAACAAGAAAUUCAGUAAUCAGUACAAGGCGACGAUCGGAGCAGAUUUCUUGACCAAAGAAGUGCAGGUGGACGAUAAGCUCGUGACAAUGCAGAUUUGGGACACUGCAGGGCAGGAACGAUUCCAAAGUCUCGGUGUCGCCUUUUAUCGUGGAGCGGAUUGCUGCGUGUUGGUAUAUGACGUCAACGUCAAUAAGACUUUUGACAGCUUGGACAACUGGCGAGACGAGUUCCUUAUCCAGGCGAGUCCGUCAGAUCCUGAGAACUUCCCAUUUGUAGUGCUGGGCAAUAAGGUGGACGUGGACAUGGGCCACAGCCGUGUGGUCUCUGAAAAGAAGGCAAAGGCAUGGUGUGCAUCUAAAGGGAACAUUCCCUAUUUCGAGACGUCGGCCAAGGAGGACUUAAAUGUUGACAACGCCUUUCAGUGCAUUGCGAAGAAUGCAUUGAAAAACGAGACAGAAGAGGAGAUCUACUUGCCUGAUCUGGUCGAUGUGAAUGGCCAGAGGCCGCAGAAGUCCUCUGCUUGUGAAUGCUAAGCUUAGGUUUUAUAUGACGAAGAGGACCUAUAUUCAAGGAAUAUGGCCGGCAAGAGAAAGGUCUGUGACAGAUAUUCUGGCCUUGGAGGGAGUGGGCAAGAGAUCUGAUGGUGGUUUAUCUGGAGAGACAUCUUUAGCGCUGUGGAGAAGCUUCUCCUCGGCAGCAUAAUCCACCAUGUAAUACGUGUUGUCUUACUUUCAUAACUAGCUUUGGGAUUUUAUAUCGCACCGCACCAAUCUAGUGUGGUGUCCCCACAGAGAGAGAUAUGAUGGGGAUUGGUUCAAGUGCGUGGUGGUGCUGGUGGUGUGUGCUGUAGCACUUGAACUUACUGUAACUAAUCGAUAUGUUGUCUUUUCUUGCUGUGAAUAUGUGCUUAGCUCGACUCCGUUUCUCUCGUCUGUCUUCUUUUAUUAGUCUCCCUCUCUCUGUAGGACUGCUCGAGGUUUGGUUGGACUUUCGAUAUUCUGCCAGCUGUUUCUUCCAUCGGACUAUAGGUAAGUUUCCACAGGAGUCUAAGCUUCCGUCUAUUCAUUAAUUUGGGAGCCACUGCUUGAUUUUGCUACCUUUUACGUUUACAGUACAUCUCUCUCUCUCUCUCUCUCUCUCUCUCUCUCUCUCUCUCUCUCUCUCUCUCUCUCUCUCUCUCUCUCUCUCUCUCUCUCUCUCUUUUGCACCGUGAUCGCUGGCAUCUUCUAAGGUGUGCUGGGGAAGGGAGAGUCUUUGGAGCUAUUUCACUGUGCAGAGCUACUGCACUGCAAUGCAGCAUGAUGCAUUGAUCAUGCGGGCACGGAGUUGUCGGCAGCCAAUGGCAUCGGUGGUGUAGGAGCUGAGAGGGACUUCCGUGCAAUUACGGAAGUGCAAUCUUGCACGCGGGUUGUCCGUCUGCACUUCCGCUAGGGGAAAGAUCUAGGCUGGUUGUGUGGCGGAUGAGCAAGCACAGUUGCAAGGGCAUGGAAUAAUUUGGAAGCCUUGCUUAUGGAGUUCUUCAUUUGUGGUGGCGGCAGUUUGAUCUUUUGAUUUUUUGUGUUUAAACGUCGAAUGCAUGUGGCAAUGGUGGGUGCAAUCCACUCUUGUCGCCAUUAGAAUAUACAACAACAGCUGAAAGAUGAUGGCAUGGAUUCUAUUUUUAGAAGAUAUGAACCUGUCAACUCUUUGUUUCAAGAUUGAGCAGAUGGGUGUUCUUUUUUAGGGAUGCUGGGCAAUGCAGCUGGCCCUGUUGGUUUCCAUGAAGUAUAUGUAUUAUAUAUGUAUGGUCUAGACUCUCGAGUAUAUAUGGCAGGAAACGGAUAGAGCAAAUAAUUUUGUGUGCGGCUCGAGUAGAGGUUAUCAGUGUUAGAAGGGACUGCGAGGGCAUGCAUCAGUUUGCUAGUUAUGUUUCUUGUUUUUUUUUUCUGAUUCUGAGUCAUGUUUCAUUUUUGCUUGAAUAUACACGUAAUCG